UUGGGCAGGCUGGUGAGAGAGAGAGAGAGAGAGAGAGAGAGAGAGAGAGAGAGAGAGAGAGGAUAAAGAACAGACCAAACGCACAGAGCGCAGCGGGCGGAGGGCCGUGGCUUGUUUUUUCCUUCGCCGUCGGAACAACGGGCAGCCGAGCGGAGGGAACACCGCGCUGAGACCCGCCUGGAGCCGCUUCAUUGUCUCGGACGGUGCGGAUCUUCUGUGAGGAUGUCUUAUCUGACCGUGCUGCUGCUGCUGCUGCUGGUGGUCCUGUGUAGCAUCACAAGCACCUCCAGCGCUGCAUCCUCAGCAUCCCGAAAGUGUGAGGACAGCUUGGCCACUCCUCUCCCCUACAGCUCCUUCACCAGUUCAUCAGUGUUUGCCCGAGGAUGUGGAGCAGGUUAUGCCAAACUCAAUCGGAAACAAGGUUCUGGAGGCUGGACCCCCUUGGAUACAGAUCGUUACCAGUGGUUACAGGUGGACCUGGGUUCUAGGAAGCAGGUGGUUGCUAUAGUAACACAGGGUCGCUAUGGUAGCUCUGAUUGGACUAGCAAGUAUCGGCUGCUUUACAGCGACACGCAGAAAAACUGGAGGCCUUAUCUACAGGAUGGAAACAUCUGGACAUUUGAGGGGAAUGUGAAUAGUGAAGGUGUCGUUCGCCAUGAGCUGCAGCACGCUAUCCUGGCUCACUACAUCCGCUUCAUCCCAGUGGACUGGAGCAGGGAGGGACGCAUUGGAGUACGCCUGGAGCUGUACGGCUGCUCAUAUUGGGCAGAUGUGAUCAGUUUUGACGGCCUUGGUGUCAUCUCCUACCGCUUCAGGAGUAAGAAGAUAAAGAUUGCGAAGGAUGUCAUCACUCUAAAGUUUAGAAGCACAGCUGGAGAUGGGGUCCUGCUCCAUGGAGAGGGACAGCAGGGAGACUACAUUUCCCUGGAGCUCAGCAGGGCAAGACUGCAGCUCAGCAUCAACUUAGGCAGCGACCAGUACGGUUCCAUUCAGGGUCACACCUCUGUGACCAGUGGGAGCUUACUGGAUGAUGACCACUGGCACUCUGUUGUCAUACAGCGGUACCGAAGGAAUGUCAACUUCACUCUGGACCAUCACACUCAGCAGUUCAGGACCAAUGGGGAGUUUGACCACCUGGACCUGGACUAUGAGAUCAAUUUUGGAGGGCUGCCUGUAUCAGCGAAGCCAAGCUCAGGAGGCAGAGGGAACUUUGUGGGCUGCAUGGAGGGAAUCACCUACAACGGAGACAACAUCACUAACCUGGUCCGCAGGAAGAAGGUGGACACCUCCAGCUUUCGUAACCUGACAUUUUCGUGUGCUGAGUCCAACUCCUUCUCCGUCUUCUUCAACUCUACGUCCUUCCUGCGGCUGCCGGGUCAGAGUGACAGCGACACCCUGUCAGUCAGCUUGUCUUUCAGGACGUGGAAUCCCAACGGGCUGCUGAUGUUCACGCCGCUGGCUGACGGCUGGGUGGAGGUGGGACUGACGGAGGGCAAGGUCACGGUCUACAUGAAUGUGACGCAAAAGAAGAACACACGUAUUGACAUUUCAUCAGGUUCCGGUUUGAACGAUGGCCAGUGGCACAGUGUCCAUCUGAAUGCAUUGGAGAACUAUGCUAUGCUGACAGUGGAUGGAGACGAGGCCUCCACAGUGAGAACAGCCAUCCCCAUACAGAUUCAGACAGGAGGAACCUACUACUUUGGAGGUAACUUCCUGCAGACCAACACCCGAUCAUUUCAGCGCUCAUUCCAGGGAUGCAUGCAGAUGAUCCACAUAGAUGACCAUCUAGCAGACCUCAGGGCUUUGGAGCAGGGCCUCAUUGGCACCUUUGAAAAUAUCAGCCUGGAUAUGUGUGCCAUUAUAGACAGGUGUGUUCCUAAUCACUGUGAGCAUGGAGGUCGCUGUUCUCAGACGUGGGAUACAUUCAGCUGCAACUGUAGCGGCACUGGAUAUACAGGAGCUACCUGCCAUACAUCGAUGUAUCAGCAGUCCUGUGAGGAGUAUAAGCACCAGGGGAAGAGUUCAGGGAGCUACUGGAUUGACCCAGACGGCAGUGGAUCCAUCAGCCCCUUCAGAGUCAGCUGUGACAUGACAGAGGGAAAGGUUUGGACCACGCUAAAGAACAACCUGUCUCCUCAGACAUCAGUCAGCAGAGCAGACCAGGAGGGGAAGGCAGUUCUGCAGAUCACUUACAAUGUGACUGAUGAACAGGUGUUGUCAGUCACCAGCAGUGCAGAGUACUGUGACCAGUAUGUAGCCUACGCCUGCCGAAUGUCCCGUCUGCUCAACACUCCUGAUGGCGUCCCGUUUACCUGGUGGGUAGGAAGAGCUAAUGAGAGGCAUUCUUACUGGGGGGGGUCAGGACCAGGCAUACAGAAGUGCUCCUGUGGUAUCGAACACAACUGUACUGACCCCAAACGCUUCUGCAACUGUGACGCUGACCUACGCGCCUGGAGGGAGGAUGCAGGCCUGCUGGUGUAUAAGGACCAUCUGCCAGUCAGUCAGGUCGUGGUUGGUGAUACAAGCCGAGCUGGAUCGGAGGCCAAACUGACAAUAGGGCCACUCAAAUGCAAGGGGGACCGGAACUUCUGGAACGCGGCGUCCUUCACCAGCCCGGCCUCCUACCUCCACUUCCCUUCCUUCAGAGGAGAAACCAGCACUGACAUCUCCUUCUACUUUAAGACUUCGUCCACUCAUGGCGUCUUCCUGGAGAACUUGGGAACCACUGACUUCCUUCACAUUGAGCUCAGAGGAGGCACGAUGGUCCUCUUCUCUUUUGAUGUGGGCAGCGAGCGAGUGGAGCUCAGUGUCCGCUCGCCGGUUCCACUGAACGACGACCAAUGGCAUCGAGUGGAGGCUGAAAAGAACAUCAAGGAAGCAGUGCUGCAGCUUAAUGGACUGUACAAAGAGGUCAGACCCACGCCCCCACAGGGACACACCAAACUGGAGUUCUACAGUGAGCUUUAUGUUGGUGCCUCGAGUGGUCAGAGGGGUUUUCUGGGCUGCAUGCGGGCUCUGAAGAUAAAUGGUUUGACCUUUGACCUGGAGGAGAGGGCACAGGUAACCCCAGGGGUGAAUCCGGGCUGCCAGGGCCACUGCAGCAGCUUCGGGAUGCACUGCAGGAAUGGAGGGAAGUGUGUAGAGCUGUACAACAGAUACUCCUGUGACUGUUCCCUCACUGCCUACGAUGGACCCUUCUGCACUGAUGAUGUAGGUGGCUACUUCGAGACAGGAACACUGGUGCGAUAUGACUUCCUGCCAGAAGGGGGCCCUGUUGUGUUGCAGGAGGUGAAGAGCAAAUCAGGUGUUGGUGUUCCUAGUGAAUCCAACCUGACACAAGAGGAGCUGGUGUUCAGCUUCAGCACCUCCAGUGCUCCCUGCAUCCUGGUCUACAUCAGCUCCAGAACUCAGGACUACCUAGCUGUGGUGCUCAGACACAACGGCACUCUCCAGAUCCGCUACAGUCUUGGUGGGCUAACAGAGCCUUACACCAUAGAUGUUGACCAUCGUAACCUGGCCAACGGGCAGCCUCACUCUGUCAACAUCACCAGGAACUUAAGGGAGAUCAGACUCCAGCUGGACCACUACUCAGUGUCCACAUACACACUCCCUGAGGCCUCUGACACCCAGUUCAACUUGGUCAAAAGUAUCUUUCUUGGAAAGGUAUUUGAAACGGGACAGAUUGACUCCAUCCUAAUCGAGCGCUACAACACGCCAGGCUUUGUUGGCUGUCUGUCAAGAGUUCAGUUGAACAGUGUGGCUCCGUUGAAAGCGGCGCUGCGUUCAGGCCUGGCUGCACCCGUCAGCACCCAUGGGAUUCUGGUCCCAUCCAACUGUGGAGCCUCUCCCUUGACCAUCUCCCCCAUGGCUUCAGCUAGUGACCCCUGGCACAUAGAAGCAGCUGGAGCUGUUUUCCCCUUUAAUGAGGACAAGGCCGGUGGUGAUGGAGUGGAUCGCAACUCUGCCAUAGUUGGAGGUAUCAUUUCCAUGGUGAUCUUCACUGUCCUCUGCAUUAUGGUGUUUGUGAUCCGUCACAUGUUUCGUCAUAAAGGCUCCUACCACACCAAUGAGGCCAAGGGAGCCGAGUCAGCAGACUGUGCUGACGCAGCAAUCAUCGUCAAUGACCCGGCCUUCACCGAAACCAUCGACGAGAGCAAGAAGGAGUGGUUUAUCUGAACCCCUCUCAACAACAUGGACUCAUGACGUUAGGAUGUAUGUAGUUUUCUAAGCUUAGGGAGUAGUAGUGAGGUCACUGCCUGUGGAACCUCGAGGAUGUGCCCAGUGGUUUAUUAAAAACUUUAUGGACAACAGACAACCAUGGGAUUACAGCGUGGGGUUUAAAGCACAGGGCACAGUGCUGCCUGGCAGAGCUUGUGUGGAAAUGUGGAGCAUUUUAUUUUAACUUUAUUUACAAUGAACACUGGGACAGGAUGACAGCCUUCAGAUGAUGUAGAGAACGGUGACAUGAAGUUGUAGGCUUUAGAUGAGUGAGUGUGUUAUUUAGCUUUUAUUUAAGCAUUCAUUUAUAUAUUUUUACAUUUUAUUUAUUUUUACAUUUUAUUUAUUUUAUUUAACAUUCAUGUAUUUA